AUGGUACAAUCUACCAAAGAAUACACUGAAGAGGAUGUGACAGAACAAAUGACCAAAGGCCCAUUCCCUUCAGAGUCUUAUUUCCCAGGGCUGCGUCGUGACAUUGAAGGGAUCGAGCAAGACUUGUUCGGAGGCAUGACCCGUUUUUUCGAGGCAGCCGAGGAUUUGAAGAACGAGUUCUUCAGCUCGAUUGGUGUACCAAACCGCCCAUCGUCUGGCGAGCGUGGGAUUCACGUCGAGGGUUCCCCUCAACCGGAAGCUCUUCCAAGUAAUGAUAGUGGCAUCGAUGGAGAUGUCGAUCUCUCUAGUUUGGCGAGAGAUGUUUGA